AGACGCUGAUCAGCAUUAAGCUAGUCGACUUAACACAAAAGCACUUUUUCUUCGCAAAAUACGCGUCUCUUCUCCUCCCUUCGCCGCAAUCAUGAAGUGCAUUCUGGUGACCCUUCUCCUGGUGGCCUGCGUCAGCGCCAAUGUUAUUCGCGAAAAACGACAACUGACCGGUGGUUCCGCCAGCUGCACGGCCGAGCAGAAAGCCACAUGCGGUCUCGCGCAGUGCCAGAACAACGGUAACAGCAACACCCAGGUGGUCAGUGGCGGUAACACUGGUGGCGGCGGUAUCCUCAGCCUGGUGCCCAUCAACGCCCUCAACGGAGCCGGUGUGCAGGUGCCCAUCAACGCCAACAUCUGCCCACCCAUCAGUGUCUGCAAUGCCUGCUUGGCUGCCAAUGUCCUUGGUUAGCGGCUUUAAUGUGUUCUUACUUGUUUGACCUGUUUGAUGAGCGGACGUAGCUGUCUGCAUGGGUGAUACCGCUGUAUUCAUUAACUGAUUUAAUGAGCACUUCCUCGGGGCCCUCAUAAUAUUUAUGAGUUAUGGCACUAGAUUUUUUCUCAAGUCAGCGUCUUUUGUGGAGACUACUCAAAUUAAAGAAAAGCCAAAUUUAA